GCUGAUAACACUUUUACAACUUCGUUCUAUUGUACUACUAGCGACAGUGGCGAGGAGUCGAGGCACCUUGCAGAGCCAAUCUGCAACUUGCAGUGCCAUGCUAUGUCUGGUCUGAGCGCAAAUGAUUUUGUUGUAGGUACCUACGUUGCUUUGCCACCUGGCCUCCAUUUCUUCGUCAUUGCCUCAGGAAAUCGAAAGGGAUUGCAGAUAGGUUCUUCUUGCCUUGCAUUGCAGAGGGGCAGAACGUCGGGGCUGCGCAGGACCAUUGCCAGUCAAUCACUUGCCACAACUGGUCGGUGUUGCCUGUGAGGGCGCCUGUGCGCUCUCAACGAUGAUGGCAGAAGGUUCUGCAGGGAAAGCAGCGGACCCCAUAUCAAGCAUCCCAUGUGUCAAAUGUGAUGCACCAGCAAAACUACAAUGCCCCAAGUGCCUGGAGAUGCGGCUCCCCCGCGACGUGUCGGCGUACUGCAGCCAGGCGUGCUUCAAGGCGGACUGGCCCGGCCACAAGGUGCACCACCGCGUGCAGCUGCCGGCGGAGCCCGGCGCCAAGCUGGACCUGGCGCAGGCCGCGCUGGCCAAGGGCUGGCUGUACGCCACCAAGAAGGGGGCCGCGCGCACCGACCAGUGCCCCACGUUCGCCUGGACAGGUGACCUGCGGCCGCUUCCCAUUUCCCCUCGCCGAAGAGUGCCCACUAGCAUCCCCCGGCCCGAGUGGGCAGAAACAGGCUACCCGGAGCAGGAGAUUGAGAGCAGACAGCAGAGGACUGUGGAGAUUCGGACGCCAAAACAAAUUGCAGGCAUCAGGGCAGCAUGCAAGCUGGGGCGCGAGGUCCUGGACGCGGCUGCCGCGGCCAUCCGGCCGGGCAUCACCACGGACGAGAUUGACCGCAUCGUGCACGAGGCCACCAUCGCAGGCGGCGCAUACCCCUCCCCCCUCAACUAUCACAACUUCCCCAAGUCCACCUGCACGUCCGUGAACGAGGUGAUUUGCCACGGCAUCCCUGACGCACGGCCACUCGCGGAGGGCGACAUCGUGAACGUGGAUGUCUCAGUGUUUCUGAACGGCUAUCACGGGGACCUCAAUGAGACCUUCUUCGUCGGCAAGGUGGACGACGUGUCGCGACGGCUGGUACAGACCACCUACGAGUGCAUGCAGAAAGCCAUCGAGAUAGUCAAGCCUGGCGUGUUGUACCGGGAGGUGGGGGAGGUCAUCAGCCGACAUGCGUCCAUGAACACCUUCCAAGUGGUGAAGUCGUACUGCGGUCAUGGCAUAGGAGACCUAUUCCAUUGUGCGCCCAACAUCCCGCAUUACGCUCGGAAUAAGGCGGUCGGAGUGAUGAAAGCGGGCCAAACAUUCACAAUUGAACCCAUGAUCAACACAGGGGUCUGGCGGGAUCGCAUGUGGCCAGACGGGUGGACUGCCGUGACCGAAGACGGUGGCAGAAGCGCCCAGUUCGAGCACACAUUGCUGGUUACGGAAACCGGCGUUGAGGUGCUCACUGCCCGUUUUCCAACGUCGCCAAAAGUGUUCCCAUGGCUGCACGAAUGAAGGUUGCCAGGCAUAGUUUCUGGGCUAUGUAACAGUAUCUCUGAUAAUGACACGGACAUCGGAAAGAACAGUUCCUCAUUCAUCUUGACAAGCCUCCACGUCGCAUCAUG